CAUUCUGAUCCGAAGACCGAUGGAUUCAGAUUCCGAAUCGCAUACGACUAUCCGAGGUAUAGAGUCUACAAGAACGGCCGUAUCGAACGCCUCGUGGCCGAUACCUUCGUCCCACCUUUGCUAAACCCUCAAAACGGCGUCGUAUCAAAAGAUGCCGUCUUUUCACCGGAGAAAAACCUCUCUCUCCGGAUUUACCUAUCUCAUAAAGCCGGUGAAGACAAGAAUAAGAAGAAGCUCCCGCUCCUCGUCUACUUUCACGGCGGGGGUUUCAUCAUGGAAACAGCUUUCUCUCCUAUUUACCACACUUUCCUCACGUCGGCUGUCUCAGCCGCGGAAUGCAUCGCCGUAUCGGUGGAUUACCGGCGUGCGCCUGAGCAUCCGAUCCCCAUCCCCUACGAAGACUCGUGGGACGCGUUGAAAUGGGUGUUCACUCAUGUCUCCGGGUCUGGUCCCGAACGCUGGGUGAACGACCACGCGGACUUCAGCAGAGUCUUCCUUGCCGGAGACAGCGCCGGAGCAAACAUAGCUCAUCACAUGGCUAUGAGAGCUGGAAAGGAGAAGAAGGGAAGUUUCGAAAUCUCGGGGAUGGCUCUGUUUCACCCCUUCUUCUUUUCGAAAGCUCCGGUGGAGGAGGAGCACGAAGCUGCGGCGGCGAUGAGAUACAUGCAAGGGAUGUGGGAGAUCGCGAGUCCGAACAGCGAGAUGGGAGUGGAGGAGGAUCCGUGGGUUAACGUGGUCGGGUCGGAUAUGUCCGGGUUGGGUUGCGGGCGUGUUUUGGUGAUGGUGGCGGGGAACGAUGUGCUGGCGAGGGAAGGUUGGGGUUACGCGGCGAAGCUUGAGAAGAGUAGUGGGUGGGAAGGGAGAGUUGGAGUGAUAGAGACUGAGGACGAAGAUCACAUCUUCCAUAUCAAGAAUCCUGAUUCUGUUAAUACUCGUCUUCUUGUACAGAGUUUUGCAGAGUUUCUUAAAGAGGGGACAAGUUGUGUUUAGUGACGACUUUUGAGGUUAGAUAAAAACACACACACUGGUUGUAAGAUUUGAAUAAACUUGUAUUCAUACCAUGUGAUUCCAAUACGUUUUUGCUUUUAUU